GGACCAAGGCGAUGUACGACUUUACGUUACACCUGUAAGUGCCCAGAAUUUCAAGAGUGACGUUGCUAAUGUGCACAGGUGUCGGUUGUUGAGGUGGCAGAGCAUUCUCACGAUGACAACUUUCCGUUUUUGACGACGACCGAAGCAUGAACGAGAAAGUCGACGAAGACAUUUUUGUAAGAAAAGAUCUGGACACUUGCCAAAGUAGGCUGCUGUAAUAAUUAUUUGCGCGCAACGUUAAAUGCCAACGCUUGGCUGUAUCACUCUCACGUCAACUGCUGCUGAGAACGAGAUGAUUUAACUCUGGAUAAUGUCACAUUGUCCACUGUAAACUCGCUACCCCUAGUCUUUGCUCUGGCGGUUCAAGGAAGUGCGAAAUUGCGCACAGAUAACGGGGAGACUAUACAUUAAGACGGGAAACAGCAGCUGUGGUCAGACAGAAGGCGCAUGUUGAACUAUGGAGAUGUAUACUUCGAGGAAACUUUGCAUCUUGCUGUCGUUCACAUUUUUGUUUUUUACAGGUGUGCUGGCCCAGAUCCAGAUGCCGCAGAGGACCAUGGAAGUGAUCGAGGGUCAGAAAGUGGUGCUGCAGGCCUGGUACAGCCCCAGCUCCGUCACUGGCAAGGACACCGUUCUCUGGAACUUUGUGGCCAAUAACACCCAACUGAUCAUCUCGUACACCCCAGACUCGAUCAGUUUUGGCAGCCCCCAGUUCGGGGAGCGCGUGGGCUUCACGGCCACCAUGCCCUCGGCCAACCUGUCCCUGUACAUCAACAACACGCAGGAGUCGGACUCAGGACGCUACCUCUGCCAGGUCAUCAUCCCCGGGGCCCAGGGCCUGACUGGAGAACUUAGCCUCAACGUCAAUGUCCCUCCUGCUGUCCCAGAGUGCUCUCUGUCAGGGAAGCCAGUUCUGAAGGGCAACGUCACACUAAGCUGCAAGUCUAAGUCAGGKAAGCCCAUCCCAAUGUACAAGUGGAAGAAGACCAGCCCCCCGUCCGAGGUCUUCUUCUCUCCCAUGCUCAAUGAAAAAACGGGCACGCUGAAGCUGAGCAACUUGAGCAGCAGCAUGUCGGGGAAGUACGUUUGUACGGCCAGCAACACAGCUGGCAAUGACAGCUGCUACAUCAACCUGGAGGUCAUUACCUCGACUAAUGCAGGGAUGAUUGCUGGAGCCACGGUGGGCUCUGUGUUGGUCUUCAUAUUCAUCAUCCUCUUCCUCYUCUACCUUCUGAGGCGAAAGAGAGACUAUGAAGAGGAACGGGCCAACGACAUCAAGGAGGACGCUCAGGCGCCCAAGCGCAUCUCGUGGGCCAAGAGCGCCGGCUCAGGAUCGGACGUGGUCUCCAAGAACGGCACACUCUCCUCCAUCACCACCACUGCCAACAGGCCCCACCAGAGGGAGCCCUCGUCCCAGCACCASCACCACAACCACCACCUCCAGCAUUAUCCCCAACGCCCUCCCUCUGACACAGCCUCCAUCAUCACAGCCACAGGCAGCGUCUCUGGCUACCGCGCUGGACCACGCCACGGAGCAUCCACCCACGACCACGCCGUGCCGGACUACGGCUACAACGUGGCUACACCCCUGCCCCGUGUUCAACUGGCUAAUUCUGCAGCAUCCAGUGCCAACGGUAGCCCCAUGCCCAGAACCAAGCACCCACAGUCCUAUACCCAGCCCCAGGCAGCACCUGCUUCCCCGCGCCCACCACCUCUGCCCACCAUUGUGACUGCGUCCAACAUCUCCCGCAUGGGAGGGGUGCCCAUCAUGGUGCCAGCUCAGAACCAGGCUGGCUCGCUGGUGUAACGCCAGUCUGCCACGGUGCAUUGUCCCUUUACCCUUCAACGCUGUACUUACACACGUAGAUUUUCAAAAGGAAAAGAUUCAACUGCCACUAAGAUAUGUCUAACURGAGCAUUAAAGCUUGAAUUGGCCUUCGAGAAGCUGGGGCAUUUGAUCCGGUCAAAAUGCAGUGAGAUCAUUAGUAAGACCUUAAAAGAGAUGGACUGUGUUGCUACAUAAGGCAGUUUUAUUUAAUUAAGUAUAUGGAAAUACUUUUUUUUUUUUACACUUUUUAUACUCAGUUUGUAUGCUAAGGAUGCAUAGAUCUGGAUUUCAUACAUUUGUGCAGUAUCUUUUUUUAAAUUAUUAUUGUACUAUCAAUCAAUGUAUUUUUUACAAAGUUUUCCAAUGCAACUUUUUUCGUGGUUGUAUUUACUCUAUCUACCACGUCCUAUGAAGGCCAUUCGAUGACAUCACUUUAAAAAUGGGGACAAGAUGUCAUGACACCCACUGGUCAAUGCGUGUGUGUUGCCUGUGUAUUACAGCAAGAACAGUCAAUGCGUGUGUGUUGCCUGUGUAUUACAGCAAGAACAGUCAAUGCGUGGAUCCCACUGAUGUUUUACUUUAUGCAUUACGCGGAGAUUGUAUCGAUAUGACAACUGUAGAUUAGGACCAAAUAUAAAUAUAUAUGUUUAAUUGUCACAUACACGGAUAGGUGCAGUGAAKUGUGUUUUACAGGGUCAGCAAUA